AUGGUUAGGGUUGGGGGCGGUACUCAAGACCGCGCCCUCUACGACCCCCUCCUCCCACUCGCCAUCAAUAAUACCUUCCCCACCGCCACCUCUGACCAAUCCACUACCGUCACCAUCAGCCCCACCUUUUUCGAGUCCUUCCAGAUCUUUCCCAACACACGCUACAUUCACGGCUUCAACCAAGGCAAAAACGGCACCUCCGCUCUCACAAGCCUAUUGCACCAAGCCGACCUCGCGUGCCGUGCGAUAGGUCCCAACCUGCACUUGUGGGAGCUAGGGAACGAGAAUGAUCUUGCCCCCGGACGGUAUCGACCCAUGAACUGGACCUUGACCGCUUAUGUAGGCGAGUGGAGGGAGAAAACGGCGGCAAUAGUGGAGCAGUUGCAGAAAUCGUGUCCAGACGUGGGAACGGGAUUUGUGGAACCUUCGUUUGCGUGGGAUCGUUAUGCCACGCCAGGGUUCGAGCCGGCGGAGGCGUUUGAGAUUGGAAUAAAUGGCUAUAUGAAUUCACAGUCGCCGAGCACGCUUCGAGGAACACUCAUGAACCAUAGCUCUAUCGUGUAUAGCAUCUCCAAACACGUUAACCUCUCACAGGCCCUCUCAAACCUAGAUCUGCCCUUCAUCCUCGGCGAGUCCAACAGCAUCUCCGGCCAAGGCUCCAACGGUCUGACAAACGUCUUUGGCUCUGCCCUCUGGCUACUUGACUACGACCUGUGGUGCGCCUCGCAGCCCAUUGCCAGCCGCGGCAUCCCGCCCACCACUCGCCCGCCUUACUACGCAAAUAUUAUGGUCGCCAAAGCACUCGGUCGCGAACAUAAAACCCAGCCGCUCAGUAUCCCGCGCAAAAGCGAUACAGAGGCGGUGUACGCCGUCUACGAUAAUUCUAUCCUCGCAAGGCUGGGGUACAGGAUCGCGAAGGUCGAGAGAUUAGAUGCGGGGGAGAGCGAUGCAACGGAGGGGGUGAGUGUAGGUGGGGUGGUAUACGAUUAUGUGUUGGCGGAAGGAAGGCCGGUGGUGAGGAAUAGGACGGAGGAGAGUAUGGAGUUGCAGGAUGUUUGA